AUGUACACAAAUCCGUACGCCAUAGAAGUGCUGAGGACUAAGAAGAAUGAUCUUGUUGAAGGCAUAAAUAACCCUGAUCACCUUCUCAACUGGUUAAUAGAAUACGGCAUUUUUACCCCAGAGAAAAAAAUGGUCCUAUCCUACUACAGAACACGAAGGGCCAAGAAUUCCCGAGUUUUGGAUAUCUUGGCUUCUCAAGGUGAGCGAGCUUGCAGGCUUUUCUUUUAUCCAUGUCUGAAAGAGAUUGAGCCACAUCUAUAUAAUCAGAUCAGGAGUUACGUCAGUGAUGUGAAUGUGAACAUUGGAGAUGCAAGAAGGCAGCUGAUAGGUUACCUUCUUGAGAAAGAUAAAAAAUGGGUUCCAAAGAGUGAGGAUUUUCACCAAGAAAAGAAGGAUAGUCCUAAACAGAUUCUGGUUAAGCCGCAAAAACUGGUUGGGGCCAAACAUAAAGAAAAACAAGUUUCAACAACAUUGAAAUCUAUAGACCCUGAUCUUAAUUCUACUGUCUUUGAUUCUGUGGCUAAAGGUAAUCUUUCUGAUUUGGAAAAAAAAAUAAAGAAGAAUGAAGUUAAUGCAAUGAAUUCUUCAAAUGAAACUCUCUUACACGUCGCAGCAGCUCAUGGUCACACUGAAAUAAUUGACUAUUUAAUCAGCAAAGGUGCCAAGCUGGAAGUAAAGGAUAAAGAAGGAAAAACCCCACUUCACAGAGCUGCUGAGAAAGGCCACGGGAGAGCUGUGAAAAUGCUGCUCCAAGCUGGUGCCAGUAUAUACAGCUUGGAUCGAGAAGGUAAAGCCCCUCUACAUUUGGCCAGCCAGAACCACCAUACGCAUGUUCUAAAGAGCAUCCUGGAAGAAGAGGCAAGGCGGCACAAGAAUCACCACAACUUUCUGCAUAUGGCCGCACUGAGAAAUGACAGUGUCCUUGUUCAAAUGCUUUUAAAGAAUGGUGCUUUGAUAGAUGCCAAAGAUGAGAGAGGAGAGACUGCUUUGGGCUAUGCUGUGUCUCAGGGAUUUGAAGAGACUGUCAAAGUUUUGCUGGAAGCUGGAGCCAUGAUUGAUUCUCGCAUAAUCGACGUAGCCUUUAACAGCAACAACCAAUCUCUCUUCAGGUUAUUGCUGGAAUAUUCCAAAGGAAUGACACCUGAUUCUAUGGUGUCAGCUCUCUUUAAAGCCAUAGAGAAAGACCUCCAUGGCAUCGUGGCAGCAUUAAUUGAGAGAGGUACAGACAUAAAUGCUCACAAUGAAAUGCAGUAUACACCGUUGCUUGUGGCCUGUGAAAUGGGGAAGACAGAGUCAGCCAAAAUUCUCAUUGAAAAGGGUGCCAGCUUGAAGGACAAAACCCCUGAUUCAAACAGUGCUUUACAUCUGGCAGUUCAAUCUGGAGUAACUUCCAUCACCAGGAUGCUCCUGCGCAAAGGAAUGGAUCCCAACAUCACAGGUCAGGGAGAUCAAAGGCCCCUCCAUAUUGCUGCAUUUCACAAUAAGGGAGCACUAGUGGACAUAUUAAUUGAAGGCGGAGCUAAAAUUGAUCCAGUCACUAAAGAACUACACACUCCAUUGCACCUUGCAAGUUACAAAGGUCAUGCUGAUGUUGCUCGGAAGCUGUUGCGACAGAAGGCCAAUGUCAAUCUUAAGGAUAAACAGUCAAAGACGCCUCUACAUCUUGCUGCUGAAAGAGGGCAUUCUGCUAUGGUGGAACUGCUUCUUAAUUCAAAGGCUGACCCAAGUGCAACAGAUAAAGAGAAAAAAAUACCACUUCACCUUGCAUCCAUAGGAGCCCACCUUAGCACAGUGAAAGUGCUAUUGGCUAGGAAAUCUAGAUUUGGUGCCAAAGACAUGGAUGGUUGCAGCCCAGUGCACUAUGCAGCCAUCAGUGGGAACAUGGAAAUAUUAAAAGCUUUGUUGGUUGCUGGGAACCAUAAAAAUAUCAAUGACAAAAAUAUCUGGAGAAAGACACCACUGCAUCUUGCAGCAGAACAUGGACACAGUGAUUUAAUACAUUACAUGUUGAGUAAUGGCUCAGCCAUCAAUGCUUUGGACAACAAUAAAGACACUCCAUUGCACUGUGCUUGCAAAGCUGGUCAUUUUGACUGUGUAAGUACAUUGGUCAACUGGUCUGCUGGAGAAAAAGUAAAUUUACAGGCUACCAAUAGCCUGAAGAAGACUCCGCUGCAAACAGCAGAAUCUAGCCCUACUAAUCAACAAGCUCAAAUUGUGACUCUUUUGAAAAAGAAAAUGCUAUUGAUAAGAUAA